AUGGAUCUCUCUACCAGUGCUGUGGUCUUCUUGUUCCUCAUCUACCACCUCUGUGAGGCAGGAGAUCGAAGCUAUAAUUCAGUCCUCAUUGUGGCCAAUGGCGGGGAGUGGGGAGAAUGGGGAAAAAUUGAAUCCUGUCCCUCAGGACAUGCAUACGGAUUCUCACUGAAGGUAAAGGCUUAUCUAGAUCUUCUGCAAGGUGCUUUGAAGUGUUGACUGCCAUGCUUAAAGAUUUAAUAGCUCUGAAAAGUCUCCAUGCCACUUUGUCAAUCCACACUGGAGAGGCUUAGAGUGAAUUGCAUUUUACAUAAAAGAAAACUACCAUGAAUCUGGAUGGACUGGAGGAAAAAAGGGACAAGGAUACAGAAAAGUUUGGAGUGCAAUGAGCUGGCAAUAUUGUGGUCAGGUUUAUCUUCCUGGAAAGUGAGCGCCCAACUGGAAAAUACAGACUAAACUGUUAGUGUGGAAGCAACCCAGGUAAGUUCUGGUGUUUUCUAGAAGGGUUGCCAUAAAUCCAGAUUUUCCCUGACAUGUCCAGGAUUUCAACAACUUUCCUCCAAACAGCUCAACAACUUUUUGUGUUUGGAUUCUUACUUCUUGAAAUAAUAUAGCAACCCUAACUUCACAAACUGGAGGAAACCUGCUGUAGCAUAUGCAGACAUAAGAGAGGGAUUGAGGAUGCUUUAGGCAGCCAUUAGCAAGAUCAAUUUUUUCCUAUUAAGUUUGCUUACUUGGGGCACAUUGGACUGGUUGCAUCAGAAAGCUACUGUCUUUUGAUACAGCUGGGAAUGUAAAUCUCAAUCCAGAACCAGUAAUACUUGUACACAAGUAGGGACACGUAAUCAUGAACAGAUAACUACUUAUUCAUGUUGCAAGCUAGUGCUUUGGAAAAUUCAGACUGCAGACACAGUAUGAAUGUGAGUGUUGUCAGAGUCCUAGUUUGGUUAACUACAAUAGCAACCCCUCCCCUUUUGUAAAACGCACAAUAUCUAUUUUCUGUUUUGUUUUCUACAUGGGUACUAUUUCUUGUUUCUUGUUUUUUUGGGCCUGGUCUUACUCUGUGCACUUGUAAUUUUGUACUUUUCAUUUUUCAAUAAAGAAUAUAAAACAGAGUCCUAGCUUGCAACAACAGCUUUAUUGCAGUCUCUUUCUCUCAUUUGCACCAGACAGAGAUGAUACCACAAGGAUAUACUUCUGAUGAUACUGCCCUCAAUGGCAUCCGUCUUCAUUGCAGUAGUGGUGCAGUUGUACAAUCUUCAAAAGGACCAUAAGCAUCUUCUUGAUUUUUCUCUUUGUUGCUUGGAAAGUGGUGAUGUGAGGGGCUGGUUGAAUCCUAUUAUGUUUCAGCACCAGGGCAGGAUGAUGUCAGGGUCUAUCAUCCUCAUUCUUAGCUCUCUGAGUCUAACGAUACCAAUUCUAGGUUGCCUUCCAAAUUUCAGAGGAACCCAAGCCCCACAUAACAAAGAGAAAAUAGACUGCAACAAAAGAGUACAAAGGUAAGGAAAAGCAGUGUUUCUUCCUGAGGACCACACAUGCCAAGGAAAGAGAGAGCAAGAGGAAAGCACCAUCUAUCCUGAGAGUGGGGAACCUCAAGCCCAGGGGUCAAAUGUGGUCCCCCAGGCUUCUCUGUCUGGUCCUCAUGAAUAUCUGUGAUUGUCAGGGGUCAGGAAGGAGAGGCAGGCUGAGUAUGAAAAGGCCAAGACCUUCCUAACCAGUGGCUGUGCCUUCCUGAGAGAAAGUAGGCACAAUACUGCAGCACUCCUUCUUGGUGGAUGCACUGGCUUAAAAGAUCAAUACCUCUACUCAACAGCUGUUUAGCAGAGACCUUGAUCCUGUGGGGUGCAGGUGCUGCCUUGCCCAUGGCUUUCUUGCAGGAAAGUCGUUACCACUUAAGUGAGUGAAUCCCAUCCUGCAUGGUGCUGGUCACUGGACUUCAUAAAGAAGCAGCAGCACCACACAGAAUCAGGUCGUUCUGCCUUCGCUCUGAAAGUGGAAGCCCCACAAGGGCCAGGUGAUGAUACGGCAGCCAACAACAUCCAGUUCAAAUGUGAAGAUGGGACUGUACUGGAGGGCGAGUCCACCGACUUCGGUACUUAUGGCCACUGGAGCAAGCGCUGCUCCACUGGUGCCAUCUGUGGGAUCCAAACAAAGGUGGAGGCUAUAACUUCAGUUGAUACCACUGGACUUAAUGAUGUCAAGUUCUUCUGCUGUGACUGA